UUAAUGCAAAGUUGACCUUCUGAAGAUGAUAGCAGGCAAACAUCUCUCAGGAGCCGAGAUGACCAGAAUGUGCUUAAUCUUUGUGGUGCUGAGUAACGGGGCGACGGUCCAGGCACAGUUUAAUGGAUACAACUGUGACGCCAACUACCACAGCAGGUUUCCUGGAGACCGGGACAUUAAUGUGUACUGUGGGGUCCAGACAAUCACCUUGAAGCUCAACUUCUGCCCCGUGCUUUUCUCCGGCUACACAGAUGCCGACCUGGCCCUGAACGGUCACCACGGCGACGCACAUUGUCACGGCUUCAUUAACAACAACACUUUCCCCACAGCAGUUCUGUUCAGCAUCAGUCUCAGCACCCUGGAGGCUUGCGGCAACAGCCUGCUGGUCAGCACAGCCUACGGGGCCAAUGCCUACGGGAACCUGUCUCUGGUCCAAAUCGGGACGAUCUCAGGUUACAUCGACACCCCCGACCCACCGACCAUAAUCAGCUACCUGCCGGGUUUGUUGUACAAAUUCAGCUGCAGCUACCCGCUGGAGUACCUGGUCAAUAACUCACAGCUUGCAUCCUCCUCUGCUGCUGUGUCUGUCAAGGACGGAAACGGAACAUUUGUGAGCACGUUGAAUAUGAUCUUAUUCAAUGACUCCACAUUCAGUCAUCCUCUCUCCAUUCCGAUGGCUGGACUUGACCUGAAGACCCGGGUUUUUGCAGCCGUGAAGGCCACAAACUUAGACAAACGGUGGAACAUCUUGAUGAACUACUGUUACACAACGCCCUCAGGGAAUCCCAAUGACCAACUGCGCUACGACCUUUUCUUCGGCUGUCACAAAGACCCCCAGACCACCGUUUUUGAGAAUGGCAACAGUCAGACGGGCCGGUUUGCCUUCGAGGUUUUUCGCUUUGUUAAACACAGACACCAGAAGAUGUCGACGGUGUUUCUGCACUGCGUCACAAAGCUCUGCAGGGCGGACGACUGCAUCAUGCUCAUUCCAAUCUGUGGGCAUCGACGCCGGCGGGAUGGAAAGGAGAGUCACGAAUUCCCACCUGCAGCAUCUGGAAACUCCAUCAUCUCAGCUGGACCGAUCAUCACCAGGAGCGAAGAAACUCCUGUCAACAGCUCACAACUCGCUCCAGGUGAGACCUCACAGCCAAUGAAUGCAGUCACUAGCGCUCUACUCUCAGGCGUGGUCAUCCUGGGCGGAGUCAGCGUGGGCUUCUUCCUGCUUUCCCUCCACCUCCUGCAGAAAUCCCGCCUCCCUACACCUACAUCUUCAGGUGUUUGGAACCCGAACUUCAAAUGAACAAAUGUUUUUAG